GACCUCCAGAGCGAUCUCCCUCCAAUGGAAUGAAUGAACUGUAAAUAGGAGCCAAUCAGGAAUAGGGGGCGGGUAUAAAAGGCUGAGCGCAUCUUUAAUCCGCAGCAGCAGCAUCGGAUCCGCUUGAGACCACUUCACCACAAACUGAACUAACAGGUCAGAGGUCAUCAUGCCUUUCGGAAAUACCCACAACAAGCUGAAGAUGAAGUACUCGUCGGAGCAGGAGUACCCCGACCUCAGCCAGCACAACAACCACAUGGCCAAGGUGCUCACACCUGAGAUGUACGAACACCUGAGAGACAAGGAGACGCCCAGCGGCUUUACUCUGGACGACAUCAUUCAGACCGGCAUCGACAACCCAGGUCACCCGUUCAUCAUGACGGUGGGCUGCGUCGCUGGAGACGAGGAGACAUACGAGGUCUUCAAAGAGCUGCUGGACCCGGUGAUUGAAGACCGUCACGGAGGAUACAAACCAUCGGACAAACACAAGACUGACCUGAACCCUGAGAACCUGCAGGGAGGAGAUGAUCUGGAUCCAGACUACGUCCUGAGCUCUCGUGUCCGGACAGGUCGGAGCAUCCGGGGCUUCUGUCUGCCUCCUCACUGCAGCCGAGGAGAACGCCGCGCCAUCGAGAACCUGUCCUUGGAAAGUCUGGAUGUGCUGGAUGGGGACUUAAAGGGGAAGUACUACGCUCUGAAGAACAUGACAGAGGAGGAGCAGCAGCAGCUGAUCGAUGACCACUUCCUGUUUGAUAAGCCCGUCUCCCCCCUGCUGCUAGCCUCUGGCAUGGCCCGCGACUGGCCCGACGGCCGCGGCAUCUGGCACAACGACAACAAGACCUUCCUGGUUUGGGUGAACGAGGAGGAUCACCUGCGGGUCAUCAGCAUGCAGAAAGGAGGAAACAUGAAGGAGGUCUUCAACCGCUUCUGCACCGGACUCACCAAGAUUGAGGGCUUGUUUAAGGAACGAGGUCACGAGUUCAUGUGGAACGAACACCUGGGCUACGUCCUCACCUGUCCGUCCAACCUGGGGACGGGACUGAGGGCCGGAGUCCAUGUCAAGCUGCCCAACGUCAGCAAGCACGAGAAGUUCGGAGAGAUCCUGAAGAGGCUGAGGCUGCAGAAGAGGGGCACAGGGGGCGUGGACACAGCGGCGGUGGGUGGAGUCUUCGAUAUUUCCAACGCUGACCGUCUGGGCUUUUCCGAGGUGGAGCUGGUGCAGAUGGUGGUGGAUGGUGUCAACCUGCUGGUGGACAUGGAGAAACGCCUGGAGGCCGGAGAGAGCAUCGAUGACAUCAUACCAGAUCAGAAGUGAACGGUCACUGUAACCUCUAACCUGUGACACACCUCUCCUCACCCCCCCACUCACCCAACCAUACCCUCGCUCACUGUAACCAAUCAGAAUCCGUCCUAAAGCCGCCCAGUUAGACUUCAGUCCAAUGUGAAGGAUUUUCUAUUUCCUGUUGGACCAAUCUAACACAUGAAAUACCUAAUAAAGUCUACGUGGCCCCGACUAAA